AUGCCCGUGUCAGAAUCCGAAUACAGCGACAGUUUCUACUUCCCGCCCACUCCACCUCUCGACGCCUUCGACAUCAACAUUGCAGCGCUGGACGGUCGCGGGUUGCUACAGCCGCUCGGCAACCCGGUGUUGGUCCACAUUGAUAGCCUGAAGAGAGCCCAAUCUGAACCCAGAAGCGCGGACCUGGAGCUGGACUAUGCACUUAGCUUGUCUCCCAGUAUGAUCUCCACAUGUGCACAUCCCGAAUCGAAUGCGUCUCCAGCUACGAGCCGACAGAUACAGGUGAUACGAAGUCAUUCUCCCCGCCGUCUCAAUACCUCUAAUCACCCACCCCCGUAUCCGGCCGGAACUGUUGCCGUCGAGUCCAACUUUUGCAACCCGCAGGACCUGGUGGCAUUUCCAGCAGGCCCAUUCAAUCCGCUGAUCAAUGUUGAUUCAAAAGACAUGCCCGAAAAUGUGGAUGACCUGAAACCGGAGCCAUCCAGUCCAUCGAAUCCCAAGUACGCGAUCAACAUCGCUUCCUCUCUGGGCUAUGGUGCCGUCAAACAACCCCCCAUGGCUAGCUUGAAUUCUGAAGCCGGUGCCAUUGUCGAGGUAGAAGAAGGCAGCAUGCCUACCAUGCAACACGCUGUGCAAUCAAACGGCCUACCCACCGUUCCUAUGAAUUUCCCCAACCCAGGCCAGCUUCCCUGCGAUGGCGCGCGCAACCUCCGAGUGCACGACGUUGUCGAGUCCAGAGAGCGCCUUCGCAUCGGUUUCGGACUCAAAAUACCGCACCAGCCCGAGACGUCUACUCGCCUGGCACACGUUUGCAUGUCAUCUUUGCAAUAG